GUCUUCCAGACUAGGUAAUGAUUAACCAGGGCGUCCCAGCAGCAGCCACGCAGUCACCUGUCGGUCAUUGUCUCUUGGCUGAGAGUCAGGACAGGGAAUUUGAUGCAUUUGUGCCCAAAGCAAGUAAUCCUGAGCAGAACACCUCCGUAUUUUUCCACAGGGGAAUCCCAAGGAUGAAGAUUGAUAUUCACAAUCAUAUUUUACCAAAGAAGUGGCCGGACUUGAAGCAGAGGUAUGGAUAUGAUGGGUUCGUCCAACUUCACCAUCACUGCAAGGGCGAAGCAGACAUGAUGAAGGAUGGGAAGCUGUUCCGGGUGAUUAAAGAGAACUGCUGGGAUGCAGACGCACGCAUACGGGACAUGGAUCAACAUGGUGUCACAGUUCAGGCCCUUUCCACGGUCCCUGUGAUGUUCAGUUACUGGGCCAAACCUCAUGACACACUGGAUCUCUGCGUCCUCUUGAACGACGAUUUGGCCAAUACGGUGCGCAGCCACCCCAAGAGGUUUGUGGGCCUGGGCACUCUGCCCAUGCAAGCCCCUGACCUGGCAGUGGUGGAGAUGAGGCGCUGCGUGAAACAGCUCGGCUUCCCUGGGGUGCAGAUUGGAUCGCGGAUCAACAACUGGGACCUCAAUGCCGCCGAACUGUUUCCUUUCUAUGCUGCCGCUGAGGAGCUGGGCUGCUCCCUCUUUGUCCACCCGUGGGACAUGCAGACAGAUGGGAGGAUGGCUAAGUAUUGGCUUCCCUGGCUGGUGGGCAUGCCGACAGAGACCACUGUGGCUAUCUGCUCAAUGAUAUUCGGAGGCGUCUUUGAGAGAUUUCCCAAACUCAAAGUCUGCUUUGCACAUGGAGGUGGCUCUUUUCCAUUCACCGUUGGCAGAAUUGAACACGGCCACAAAGUCCGCCCUGACCUGUGUGCAGUGGACAACAAGAUCAGUCCCAGGAAAUACCUCGGUUCCUUCUACACCGACUCCCUAGUUCACGAUCCCAUCUCCCUCAAGCUGCUCAUUGAUGUGAUCGGAAAAGAUAAGGUGAUGCUGGGAACAGACUAUCCAUUCCCACUGGGAGAGCUGCAGCCUGGAUCACUGAUCGAGUCGAUGGAUGAAUUUGAUGACAAGCUGAAGGAUAAAUUGCUUGCUGGAAAUGCUGUGGAAUUUUUGGGCCUGAAACGAGAGCAGUUUGAGUGAGGUGGAAAUGGGAGAUACCAUGACGCACCCCGUGAUUCAGUGUCAAUGCUUAUAGAAAUAUUCAUAUUUUUAGAAGAGUUCACCCCCCCAAAAAAAAAACAUAAUUGUCGUCUUAUCUGUAGUAUGUAUCAAUAGAUAGAGUUGUUUAAUUUUGGAGAUACUGUAUCAGCUGUACAGAAAUCUUUAGCAUUCGGUGUGUGGCACUGAUGAGUCCGAAAACAAAAAAGGUCUUUCAAUUAAUUUUCCUAAAAGAGUUUUAUGAUCUUUAUCCACUCUUAUUUCCAACAAGUCAAACAUGUGUUUGUUUGUUUGAUUUAAGAAGAAUGGCCAAAGGCACUUUGCCAAAAGGUAAAGAACGCCCAGUUCAGUGUUUUCAGAGACACAUUUGCUGCCAAUCAUAAUAUUACCAAGAACACAUGCAGGGCUGCUUCAGAGGCCUUUCACAUAUAAUCGCCACACGUUCGCUCCUGUUAGAGUGAAUUAUCACAUCUUGAAAAUGAAUAUACUUGAAAUGCUCAAAGGAACUCUACAAAGAUGAGAUUACUAGGAACUCUGGCUAUUGUUAACAUUAAGAAUGUCAUCGGCCAUCGGUUGAAAGCGACACCACAAAAUCACACAUUCAGUUACUGACUUAAGUAGAAAUAAGCUUGUGGCUAAACCCUGCGACAUUUGAUUUUACUUUUUCCCACAACUCUAUAUGUCCCACACGGGAUAAAUGGUUAGUUGUGUGCGCUCUGUUGUCUUUACUGGUUUAUUAUGGAGGUUUGGGCCAUAAGCAAAUCGAAUUGAGCAAACGCAAAGCUGUGUAAAAUGUGAAUAAACUAUUCAACAUUGA